AUAUAGCGGUUCUGUCGGUUCUUAGUUCGUUUCCUAGUUCCAGACCGGGUCCAAGUGGUGGUUUCGCGUUCCGUUGGUUCCGGAAGAUUUUGUUCACGCGGCGACGGUGUGCCCUUUUGGCGUUUUCUUAGUCGUGGCGCCCAAGAAAUUAAAGGAGAAGCAGCAGUGAGAGAACUGUCCACAGGAUUUGGUUGGGCUUACGGGACGGCUUGAACGUCCUCCGGCUUGGGUGACGGGAAUCGUGAUUUAAUAGCUUUGGCCAGGAUUACGGGGAAUUCGGAUGCGAUUCUGAAGCAGUUCAGCGGAAAGAAACGUGUCGUUCUCAGUUUGUAUAUAGUUUUGAUGUUCACUUUUGUGUGAUUUCUACACGGGAUUAUGAAUGGUUAAUUAGAGCUUCGAAGAUAAGUGUGGAAAAUUGAUACGAAAGUGUAGAAUCAAAAUAGCUUGCAUGGCACCAACACACCUUAGAGCACCGAACGCAUGAAGUCAGUGCUGCAAAAGUAAAAUUUAAAAGGUUGUGCAAGUGUCAUUCAUUUUCUCUGCGAAAAUAGCCGAAGAAACGAGCGACGGUAGCCGCCGUCGUCAUCGGGUUGCUUUGAUGAUCAUCUGUUGUGAAAAUGGGCGCAAAGAAGGAGUGCGAAAAUUUCCGAUUAGAUCAAAGCAGCCCUAGCCAGCGACAGCGUAGAAAAAAGAACAAAAUUUUCAUGAAAAAUGGAUAGGUUCAAUGACACGAGAGUGAGAAGCAAACACACAAGCUCGGCAGUGAAAAGAAAGAAAAAAGUAUACAAAUAUAAAUACAUAUUGGUCUGAUAUACACUCUCAUAUUCUUGAAUGACUAGCGUGUACUAACCAAAGAUAGAGCGAGAGUGUCAUGAAAAGAACCGCGAGCCGAAGUGAAAACGAGAGAGCGAACACCCGCGAACGAAGAAACGGGGAGCUCUGGGCCACGGGGGUAUUCACUAGUAGCGUGAAUAGGCGAUUCAACGGGAACGGACAGAGGAACUGCAACAACAAAAACAACAACCCUUGCGCUAUCGCGGAGUGGCCGUCCGGCUUGGGGGCCCGCGAAGGGAGCAAAAGGGGAUACCCAAUCGCGAGCGCGAGUGUAUCUGUGUGGGGAUAACCGCGUGCACCGAUACAGCCGAAGCCGGCAAGCAACCAGCCCAGCAGCGACCAAGCUGAAAUUGCCGAAAAUUGACGCGAAAUCAUUUUCAACAACUGUUUGUACAAGUGCUAAUCAAUUAGGAACGGAUUUUCUGCGGUGGAAAAGAUUUCGGACGCAAUAUUCGGUGUUUUCUGCAGAACUAUCGUAAAUUAAGUACCAUCUGCGGUGCGUUGACAUCGCCACAGUUACGAAAAUUCGUGGCGACGCAGAAUUUGAUACAAAUCGAAGUGAGUCGUGCGUUGUGCGCUUGACAGUAGCGACAUCUAACUGCGGUGGCCCAAAGCUCCAGUUCGUCUCCGCGUGAAACGGUGAAUAGUGUAGCUUGGCCGUCAAGAAAUGGUCCGGCUGUGCGCGUUUGUGUUUGCGUGUUUUGCUCAGUUUUUACAGGAUUUUUACGCACUCAUGCAGGCUUCAAGCUUUGAAACGAAUGUGAAAAGUGCAUCGCUGAGGCUGUUUAUUCAACCACGUAAGCCACUGAUUGCACAGGAGAAGAAAAUGAUGAAGAUGUAAAAUCAAACAAAUUCAACUAAUACAGAGUGCGUUAAUAUUUACUCAAGUGAUUAGAAGCUGAAUCCAAAGCAGUGGUGUAUCUCAAGUGACAACCCGGAAAGCAAAUCACCUAACAGCAGAAGAAGAUAAUAAGUAUGUGAAAUCAAACGAAUUCAACAAAUAAACACAGUUCGUUGAUAUUUACCCAAUUGAUUAAAAGCUGGAACCGGAGCAGCCAAAGCAUCCAGGAAGCACGGUGUACCUUAAGCGAGUGCACCUUAAAAAUCAGAAGCCUUGUCUAGUGUGUCUGUUCUGUGUAUGACCCCAAGGGAAAAAGUGGUUUCAAAUGUGACACUGGUGGUGACGACCGCGGAAGGAAAGUUUAUUUAUGCAAACCAAUAUCAGUCAGAUUUAUAAAUAUUUAAUCACCUAGCUGUUUAAACAUACAAGAAAUACGACAACUGUAAUAAUUACUGCCCAGAGAACUGGCCGAAAAAAAUAAAAACAAAUUGCUCGGUUCAGUGCAUAUGAAUGUACAAACGGAAUAACAACGUGCCCGAAAAAAAAUAUACACAGAGAACGAAGCAUCAACAAUACAACAAAUCGAAGGGAAUGAAGUGUCGUGUUUAAUUAAAAUCAGAAUUUACAUAAAUUCACAGGAUCCCCACGUUGCUACAACAGGUUUCAAACCAAGUUAAUUAUAAACGCAAACAAUAGAGAAGAAGAAAGCGCACCUCUGUUCAGCAAACAUUGACGACGGCGACGACGUGAGUGUGAUAAGCGGAUUACGAAAGUGAAAAGUGUUUGAACCCUCAACCUACCUCGUUCGCGGGAGUAUCCUUAGUCUUAGGUCGUGGAAGCUCACGUUUAUCGAGAUUGCAGAAGGUGGACAAGAUAAGAAGAACAGUCCACAUCAUCCUCGUUAAUAGGAGAUAUUGUUUGUGUGACGGUGAAUCAAGCUGUGCGGUGAACCGGAACAACACCAAGACGCUACGCAUUCUAACAAUUCCAAUAACUUAUCUAGUCGACACUAUUCGACCGCCGGGAACCAACGAACGUUCAGUUAAGAUGACUGUGGAAUGUAUUGAGGACUUGUAUCCUACCUAAUCCCAGCUUUGUGGCCGAAUAUUGUGCGAGUGCGUGGCACUCAAGACUUAAGGGAAAGUGACUAUUUUAAACAUACCUUCGCGGAAGUUAGUAGAAGGGUGUUGAUCAUAGCGAGAGUGUGAUUGAGUGAUUGUGAAUACUAAAAAGCGCGUGUGUGAGAAACAGCUGAGCGUUCGUCAAGUAAUGGAUAGCGAAUUCACCGAGUUCUUCAACCAGACCUGGAAUAGUAAAUUUCAAGGCAAUCGAACGGUUCUCAACGCUGGCGAUGGAGGCAGUUCGACGACAAGCGGAGGAGGGGGAGGAACCGGUAACGGUGUCGGUAUAUUUGGCGGAGCUUCCGCAGCAGCUAUGGCUGCUGCUCCGAAGCUUUCAUCGAGAUUAAGUCAACCGCCUCCGCAGCAUCAACAACAGCAGCAGAACUCUCUAGCCAACUGUAAUAACUCCUCCUCCACCUCUUCCUGCGGCGGAACGCAAAACAAUGGCAGUUCCAUGCUCAACGACACCCGGCAUUUCUUGAACGAAAUCGCCAAUAGUCACCGGAGUCUGCAACAGCUCCACCAGCAACAUAAUCAAAACAAUAGAAACCUAUUUACAAAUACAACAACCACAAGCAUAGCAGCUGCCGCAACGACUGAAUUACGUGAUACAAAUCUAGGGCCUUUAAGAAAUACCAGUAGUAGCAGUAGCAGUAGUAAUACCAACACUAGUAGCAGUAACAAUAGUAAUAGUGUCAACAAUAGUCAUAGCUUUACUCGUGAUACCCGAGAGUUUCCCAAGCUCAGCCAUAGACUGAUGCAGCCGUUGAACGGCGAUGGCGGGACACCCUCCGGUGGGGGCACCACUGCCAGUGCCUCUGCCACAGCCAGCAGCAACAACCUCCGCCAAUCCUCCUCUUCAUCCUCCAGCAGCGCCAUGAUGAACCAGCAGGACUUCCAAGCGUUCUGUUCGUCGCUGACGGCGGCAGCCGCGUCCGGUGAUUUGGCCGACAGUACAACUCCGCCCCCGCAGUCGGCGAAUGGCGGUGGGAGCUCGUCCGGUUCGCUCAAUAGUAGCAGCCUGCUGGCGGCGGCCGCUGCGGUGGCUGCAGCCGCGGCCGGCGGUGAUCUGGGAGCGGGCGAAUUGCUCGGGCUGACCGGGGGCCAUCCGCACGAGAAGAAACCGCCCAAUUCGAUUCGAGCGCAAAUCGAAAUCAUCCCAUGCAAAGUGUGCGGCGACAAGUCAUCCGGCGUCCAUUACGGUGUGAUAACGUGCGAAGGCUGUAAGGGCUUCUUCCGGCGCUCGCAGAGCUCCGUCGUCAACUACCAGUGCCCCCGGAACAAGCAGUGCGUCGUCGACCGAGUCAACCGGAAUCGGUGUCAGUACUGUCGACUGCAAAAGUGCCUAAAGCUGGGAAUGAGUCGCGACGCGGUUAAAUUUGGUCGAAUGUCCAAAAAGCAGCGGGAAAAGGUUGAGGACGAGGUACGGUUUCAUCGAGCCCAGAUGCGUGCCCAGAGCGAUGCGGCGCCCGACAGUUCCGUAUUCGACACACAAACGCCCUCGAGUAGUGAUCAGCUCCACCAUGGUGGAUACAACGGAUACGCAUACAACAAUGAAGUUGGUUACGGCAGUCCGUACGGUUACUCGACGUCGGUUACACCUCAGCAGACGAUGGGCUACGAUAUCUCGGCAGAUUACGUGGAUAGUACAACAACUUAUGAACCUAGAAGUACGAUAAUAGACUCAGAUUUCAUAAGUGGACACAACAAAGACGGCUCACCAAACCAUCGAGCAAUAACGCUGAACGAUAUUCGUUUGGCACGAGUUCAACAGACUGCAACGACCACCUCCAACGGCAAUAAUCCCAAUGCAGGUGGUGGACCACCACAACCACAACCGCAACAACCAAGUCAACAACAACAGCAGCAGCAGCAGUUGGUCCCUCAACAGCAGAAUCCAAAUCAACAAACAGCAAUAACCGCACUCCAGAGUCAAACCUCCGGCACAGCUAACAACAAUAAUAACAACAACAGCACAAAUAGUACAAUUAUCACCAUCAAGCAGGAGCAGCUGGCAACCGUGGACAGUCUCGUGGCAGGCUACGUAGACUCGACGACUUUCCUGCCCUCGCCGACUAGCCAGCAGCAGCAGCUGGUCAAUCCCAACAUGCUCCCCACUGCUGGCACUACCGGACCCACCGGUAUGUCACAAACCGUUGUCUCCGGUUCAGAAGUAACAACUGGCAACAGCAUAAGGCGUACCGACUGUUGUCAACAAAACCCGGUGUCCUCGGUUGGUUCCAACGGAGGAGCAGCAGUAGGAGGAGUUGUCGAUGGUAUUGGUGGGGUGCCUCACACGCACCACCCCAGCCAAAACACACCGGUUUCGUUCGGCGAAGACGACAGCUCCUGUGAUUCGCACAGCAAAUGGGCCGAAGGCGACAUCAACGAUGUGUUGAUAAAGACCCUAGCGGAAGCACAUGCCAAUACCAACCACAAACUGGAGAUUGUGCACGAAAUGUUCCGAAAAUCUCAGGACGUCACCCGCAUUAUGUACUACAAAAACAUGAGCCAAGAAGAACUGUGGCUAGACUGCGCUGAGAAGCUGACGGCAAUGAUUCAGCAGAUCAUUGAGUUCGCCAAAUUGAUACCGGGCUUCAUGCGGUUAAGUCAAGAUGAUCAGAUUCUCCUGCUGAAAACGGGCUCGUUCGAGCUGGCGAUCGUGCGCAUGUCUCGACUGAUGGAUCUCUCAACCAACUCCGUCCUGUACGGGGACAUUAUGCUGCCGCAAGAGGUGUUCUAUACGUCCGACUCGUUCGAGAUGAAACUGGUGGCGUGCAUAUUCGAAACGGCGAAGAGCAUCGCCGAGCUGAAGCUAACCGAAACGGAACUGGCGCUGUACCAGAGUUUGGUGCUACUGUGGCCGGAGCGAAACGGUGUCCGAGGUAAUACGGAAAUUCAGCGAUUGUUCGAAAUGAGCAUGUCGGCCAUACGGCAAGAAAUCGAGGCGAAUCACGCUCCUCUGAAGGGAGAUGUGACUGUGCUCGAGAUUUUGCUAAACAAAAUCCCAACCUUCCGCGAGCUUUCCAUCAUGCACAUGGAAGCGCUUCAAAAGUUCAAGCAAGACCACCCGCAAUACGUAUUCCCCGCACUGUACAAGGAGCUCUUCUCGAUCGAUUCCCAGCAGGAUCUGAUGACAUAACAGGAUCACCCCCCGGAACCGCAGCAACCCCACCACCCACUCCAGCAGCACCAGCAAAUACUUCCAAAGCAAGAGCAAAACUCAGACCUCGUACCACCAUCUGCAUCUGUGUCGGCAGUAGUAGCAGCAUCGACAUUACCGGAACCAUGUGAUGACGAAGACGACGACGACGACGACGGUGGCGGCGGCGGGUUUCAACUCUCGGAAUGCCACCCUUCUCAUCACGUUCCACAAUCGACACACCAAGAGCAAUAUUUGAACAGAAGCACCCCAAUGGAAACGGAAGCGGCAGCGGAAUGUCCACCCAGCGUGCGGUCACCACCAUCAUCGGUUCAGGUCGGCGAAAAUAACACCUUCAUCAUCAUCAUCCAACAAAACGGUGAAGUGGUCACGCAAGCGAAGUAAGCGUUGGUGGCUGCUGUUGAAGUACUAGAAUAAUUUGGGAUGAUGAACAAGGGGUAAAUGCUUUGAAUCGAGUGAAGCGUUCGCCUCACAAUCGAUGAUGUUGUGUUCAAGAAAUGGUGCUACGCUACAGUUGCAUGCAUAGAUGUAGGCGCGAAACAGCAGAAGUAGAAUUGCAUGCAAGCGUUUUCUUUGCCUAUAGGCAGCAUUCCGGGUGCCAACACACCCACUCCUGAAUAAGAAUACGAAAAAUGCGUUCCACACUGAAUGGAACCGUCGUCGGUUUUCGGUCAGUUCGAAGCUUUAGUUGGCGCGUGGCAAUGUUGCUUAUGGAUAGAAGGCGCGACGGGGAAUUUGUUUAAGUGAAAUAGAAAGAUAGUGAAGGUACGAAACAAAACACACGGAAGAAAUAACACAGUUGUGCAGACACAAACACACUCACACAUACAGACACACUGAAAGCGAUAGUAAUUAGUUGUUGAUGUAAAUGAAUUUAAUGAUUGUUAUAUUAUUUUAAAAGUUUUAAUUUAUAUCUUUUUUUUUGUUUUCGUCUGAUGUCUUCUCGAGGAUUUUUUUAUUUUUAAAAUGAAGGAAAAGAAAAGAUUGAUGUAUGUAUGUUAUAGGUCAAAUUUAUACAUAUUAGAGUGAUAAGUUUAGAGUCUUUUUUAGCAUGCACACAACACGAAUACACACACCUACAUGCAAGUAGUUUGUUAAAUGUUCAAACAAUGAGAACCAGAGACAUUUUGACGUUGUUUUGUUUCUUUGAUUGUUAGCUUUCGUUCUGUUUUGAGUUAAUAUUUAUUUUUCAUCCAAUCCGCGCGGCAAACGUACAAAGAUCGUGUUGGCACGAAGGAUCAAAACAAAAAGUGAUUGAGUUAUUUUCAAAUGCUUCUUUUUGCAUCCGCUCCUUGGAAGUGAAGAACAAGAACAAACGAAGAUUUUGAGGUUUCAUACCACAUUGGCAGAAUUGGAACAGCAUUAUGUUGAAACAUUAAAAUAUAUAGAAUGCAAAAACAGAAUCUCUCUCUAUAAAUGGCUUCCAUUUUAUUAUUUCUUUCUUUCAUUUUGUUAAUUUUAUUUCCAAGUCGUUUAUUUUUUAUUUCUUUUUAGUUUUUUCUUUAGGUAGGCAAAUUUUCCAUUUUUGUUGGAAAAGUAAAAAAAAUCGAAAAUUUACAAUUUCGGAAGGAAAGCAAACGCGAGCGUUUGAGGUUCGUUAUUUCGAUGUUUUCCGUACUAGUUGUGUAUUUUUCUUUGAUCCUGCUAAGCUCGUAAGAAAAGUACAGUCUCUUGGAGAAUAUUCGUUUUCGGAUUUUAAUUUCGUUUUAGCAUAGGGAAUAACAUUUGUAAGGUUCGUAAAUAAACGUUUUCCGUUUUUCUCACUGUAGGUCACAUUUAGGGAAAAAAAUAAUUGAAGCAAAAGUCGAAAAGUGAAAUACGUGGAAGUGUUCGAAACAGUAUUAGGAGAAUAACAAGAGGAAAAUGUGAGAGGAAAUUAAAGACUUGACUAAAAAUACUAGAGAUCAACAGUUAGAAGAAACGAAACGAAUACCAUUUACUAUUCUAGGAAACGACGGAUGAGACUCAGUCCAAUUGGCUUUAGGAGCUCUGUUUGCCUUAGCAAUAUCCCUUAUCCCAGGAAGGAUUUACUUGAAACUAUUUGUACCAGUUUCACGCCGGUUCAAUCGGUGGCCCAGUUGUGUACUCCAGUUAUGUCUGUAACAGUGUUCCUUUUAAAGUUUUUGAACAGUUUUUUUGUUUCAAAUUAAUGGUUACAGGUUUUUACGCAGCGUACCAUAAUUCUCCGCCCCAUCAACUCCCUGUUGUAAUGUUAUUAAACCCAAAAGACUACAAACUACUGAGAAUCAAAAGUUAAUUUUUAGAAACUGACUAGUAAACAAAGAAAAUCUCUCUAUCUCUUUCUCUCCAAACACUGACCGCAGAAAGCAAACCGCUCGUUUGAAGUCCACCUGAGCGAUACUAGAAAAACAACCGAAACUGAUAAUUAUUCGAACAAAUAUAAAAGACCCCUCCAUAGCGAAUCGUAAGGAAACAAACAAAAAUCGUACUGAAUUUAGAGUUAGGUUCUUUUUCUAAAUUUUUGAGAAAAAAUAACUAAUACAAAACAACUGAAACGACACCUUUAAAGGCAUGGAUUGUGAAAACUCAAAAAAUAGACUAAACAUGACCGCAAACUUGAAAAGGGAGGUCUACGGAUCUAUGAUAACAACUACAGAAACAGCAGUUAAGGAGCAGGAAGAGCUGAAGAGAGACGCGCGCACUGAUUUACUACUAAGGAACGGGAGAGAUGUUUUAGUUGAUAGGGAAAAAUCUUGUACAGGUCAACGAUGAAUGCGAAGUUGGGUAGCAGAAGUAUGAUGAAAUCGCACACUUCCACAAGACGAAUGUUGCAGUUUAGUAGUAGGAUCGAGAGAGGAAACCAAUCGGAAUGUGUAGGCAAAAGGCAAAUGCGGAAACGAGAAAGUUACACAGUUUGCAGUAAUCUUUACUGCGACUCGCAAAAUGAGAACUUAUAAAUGUAUGGGUGCUUCUAUAUAUAAAAGAAUGAUAAAAAAUUAUAUAUUUAAAAUUAUAAACUAAAAAAUACAGAAAAGAACGUUUAAAUAAACACAUAAACACAAACAGCCAGACAUAAAUCAGACAUCCGUAAAAGUAAAUGAAUUACACAGAAGAAGAGAAGAACCACACACACAAAUACACAUACACGCAUGUUGAAACGUAAAUCGAAUAUAUAUUUGAACGGCGGAUGAGCCAGCACUUGGACGGACUGGAGAACAACAUUAAUUUCAAACCGACUGUAACAUUUUCGCAUUAAAUUUGACUGCCACGAGUCUAGCUGCUGGUCUGUCCCCGUUUUCUUUUCAUGAAUGUAAGAAUUAAUUGCCUUAAAUGAUAUAUAUUACAUAAUAUACAACAUAAAAAUAUAUUUAAAGAAAAAGCAGAAGCAAAACAACAAUUACUGAGCGCAAGCGUUAAAAGAAACAAGAACAACUCACACACAGGCACACAGAAAAAAAAAAGAUAAAAUGUGAGGAGGGAAAAACAGAAGCAUUGUAGUAAUUGAUUUUUUUCUAAUCAUAAAUUCAAAGGAGUAAAUUCGUCAUUACGGUAAAGUAAGAAUAGUUAUCUAAAUUCUAUAUAUAAAUAUAACAUAAUAUUUUUAAGCUGAGAAGAAUAACUGAGAAAAAUAAGGAAAGCUCUAAUAUAAUUUAAAUUAAUUUAAAAAAUACAACCUUAAGCGAAAAAGAGUGGUUGGCAUGAGCCCAAUCAGGAAGGCAACACACACCUUGUAAGAAUUUCAUAAGAAGAUACGCAGAUAAGCAAAUCUUGAGGAAACAAAAACAUAGAGAAAAUAGCGAAAUUCGGGUAGGUUUUAAGUUUCACUGAAUAUUAUAAUCUAUUAUACAUAAUAAUUAUAUUGAACGAUUAAUAAACUGAUUAAUCCUUA